AUGGGGUUGGGACGCCGCGAUCCCAGAUACGGCUUGUACCCCUAUACAACGGCAGGAGACCGCACGGCUCAAACCAUCCCACGCCAAACCUAUCGCAUCAAGGGCGGCGACAAGUUACCACAGGAACUGGCAACUUGCCAAACCUCAAAAGGGUUUGAUUACCGUCAGAAUCGCGGGGCCAAACGUCUGAUGAAAUUGUACGACGGGCCGGCCAGUUGCAGCGGUGACGUGAUCAAGGCCGGCAACCUCAUCCUCAAGCCGACGCCCUCAUCCGGACAUCUUCGCGUCGUCGCCGCCGCCUCGUCGCAUCCGACCACAACCCAGGCGCCAUCACAAAUCAUGCAG